UAAUAUAUACAUAUAUAUUCUUAAAUAUAAUAUAAAAUAAAAAGUAUUUUUCUUAAUUUUAUGCUUAAUUAAAUCAAAUUUACAUUAAAUAUUAAUAAAAAAUGUAUAAUAUUAAUAAAUUUCAUUUUAAAUAUAAUUCAAAUUUUAAAAAAUUAUCACUGCACAUGGUGCGUGAAAACACCUACUAACACAUAUAGUUAGAGCGGGUUCUCGGCAAAAGUCUGGAUGAAACAUUUGUCUAUGGUCCCUAAUUUUUUCAAAGAAAAUUAUAUAGACCCCAAUUUUUUUAAUAUUUAUUAUAAUCUUUAUUAAAUUGCAUACAUUUUUUUUUGCCAUCUAUGAAUUUUAUUAAAAGCAAGCAGGUCCAAAAAGGACGAGCCCAUAUCCGAUACAACCAAGGUAGAAGCCCGAAAUUAAAAGCCCGAGAAAACUAAAAAAAAACAUAAAUGGGCCCAAGCCCAACCGAUAACAACGAAACGGCGCCACCCUAAAACACGUGUCCAAGGUCGAUGCUGAGCUUCCACGCGUCUGUCUGCACCAACGCACGUUACACGCGUCGCUUCCACUUCGCAUCAAACCUAGACCACCGGUGUAGGCUUCCGGUCGCCGGUUUCCGACAUCCCACUAGACCAAAUCGGAAACUCCUUCUCCGUCAUCUCUAUCGCUAACAACCCACCUCCAACAACAGUAUUGGAGGUAUAGGGUUCCUCAGCGAGCCAACUCCGCCGCUUCACCGGACCACACUGUUGGCAUGCGUGAAAACCGCAUCCAACUUCAUCACCCCUACCACUUCCAGCGUAGAGAGUCAAUCGAUAUAGAAUCAAAAUCUCUUCCUGGAUAUGAGAACUUGGGAAUGCCAUAGAAUCACCAUAAGCCGGCCGUCCACACCCGAGAGAAGGUGGCAACGCCAGAGUCGAAGCCGGACGACCACCGUUAUGCAAGCGCGCCGCCGGAGUCAAAAACAUCGGAUAAAACCGAUCCGAUAAAACGACUAAACUGAAGAGAAAAGAAAAACAAAACUGAAAAAGAAAAACAAACUGAUAAGCCGGACCGACGGUGGCUAUGGUAGCCCACCCGUCGACCGGAAUCGGUAAAUACGGCGGAGCUUUCUUAGUAGAGAGAGGUCAGAGGGUUUGAAGAGAGAGAGAGAAUGACUUACUUUUUAUUAAUUAUUAAAUUGCAUACAUUCCUCCAAACUUAGGACCGGCCCUGUACAAAAAGAAAAAUUAACAAAUCCAAAAUGGUCAAAUAACUUGCAAGCGCAUGAAGGUGGAAUUAAACUGGAACAUACACGUGAAACGCCUACGGCUCCUAUUUUUUUUCUUCCCUGCAUUUUAAUAUGACAAAAAUAUGAAACAAAAAUAUCGGUCAAAACAAACAUUACACGUGAAAUGGCAAGCGUUACAUGCAGUCUCGCAGGAUAUAUUAACAGUGAACGUAGCCACGAUUUUGAACACAUUCAACACUACACUAUAUUAUAGAUAUGAUACGUAUAUCAUGACAGUAUAAUCAUGAAAUUCUACGGACAAGCAAUGGUGAACGUAAGCACUGAUCACGGGUAUAUUCAUAGAUGGUGACCUAUUAUAUAUGCAUAAGUCUUAAAGUGGAAAGAAAUAUCCGAAGAUAUAUAUUAGAAAAAUACUAUCUCUCCAUCUAAAUAUGAUAUAUAUUUCCAAAUAUUUCCACGUAGGAUGACAUCUACUACUCGACGAGGAAAAACCUCUAUAUUAGAAAGAGUAAAUCUCUCUUCAAAUAUCACUUUGAAAUCUCAAAAAAAAAACACCAAACCGAAAAAAAAACAUAGAGAAAGAGAAACAAAUGGCUAGAGGAUCUCGUUUUUUCAUGAUCCUUUCGAUAAUCUCAUUAUUUGCGAACACAAUCGAUUCUCGAAUAUUAGAUCGACAUAGUUUUCCUGAUGGAUUCGUUUUUGGAACGGCUGCGUCUGCAUAUCAGUACGAAGGAGCAACGGAUGAAGGUGGCAAGUCUCCAGCUAUAUGGGACCACUUCAGCCGCACUUACCCAGAACGGACGAAGAUGCAUAAUGCAGAUGUAGCGAUUGAUUUUUAUCACCGUUACAAGGAUGACAUAAAAUUGAUGAAGGAGCUAAACAUGGACGCUUUCCGAUUUUCAAUCUCGUGGGCCAGACUAAUUCCAAGUAACCUUUUUUUGGUUGAUGAUUAUAUUAUUCUUUCAGAAAAUAGUUAUAAAUUUUGGUCAAUUAAUGAGUUAAUUUAUGUGGUAAAUUUUCAAUUAUCUACAGCUGGAAAGCUAAAGGAUGGAGUAAACAAAAUAGGUGUACAAUUCUACAAGGAUCUUCUCGACGAACUUCUUGCUAAUGACAUACAACCAUCGAUGACACUAUAUCAUUGGGACCAUCCACAAUCUUUGGAGGACGAAUAUGGUGGCUUUUUAAGCCCUCAAAUUGUAGAAGAUUUUCGAGAUUUUGCAAGAAUUUGUUUCCAAGAGUUUGGAGAUAAAGUAAAGAUGUGGACAACGAUCAAUGAACCAUACAUCAUGACUAUUGCCGGGUACGACCAAGGUAACAAGGCGGCUGGUCGAUGCUCGUCAUGGGUAAACGAAAGAUGUCAUGCGGGUGAUUCUAGUACUGAGCCUUACAUUGUUUCACAUAAUAUUCUUCUUGCUCAUGCCGCUGCGGUAGACGAGUUCAGAAAGUCUAAACAAAUAUCGCAUGAUAGCCAAAUUGGGAUAGUUUUGUCACCAAGAUGGUUCGAGCCUUUUCAUUCUGACUCUACUGAUGAUAAAGAAGCAGCUGAACGAGCUCUUGCUUAUGAAAUUGAAUGGCAUCUAGAUCCAGUGAUUCAUGGAGAUUAUCCAGAGAUUGUGAAAAAAUAUGCAGGAGAUAAGUUACCUUCAUUUACUGAGGAAGAAUCAAAUAUGUUAAAUAAUUCAUCAGAUUUUGUCGGAAUAAACUACUAUACAGCACGCUUUGCUACUCAUGUUCCUGAGAUCGACCCAGCAAAGCCUCGGUUCAAGACUGACCAUCACGUCGAAUGGAAACUGACUAACCACAGUGGCCACAUUAUCGGAGCCGGGGAUGCAAGAAGCUUUAUAUUGUCACAUCCAGAAGGUCUGCGAAAAGUUCUAAACUAUAUCAAAGACAGAUACAAUAACAUCCCAGUCUACAUCAAAGAAAAUGGAAUCAAUGAUAACGAUGAUGGUACAAAACCAAGAGAAGAGAUUCUUAGGGACACAUUUAGGAUUGAAUACCAUGACACACAUAUCCAACAACUUCACAAAGCUAUAGUUGAGGAUGGUUGUGACGUAAGAGGAUAUUAUGCUUGGUCAAUGAUGGACAACUUUGAAUGGGAACAUGGGUACACUGCUAGAUUUGGUCUAUACUAUGUUGACUUUAUCAACGGUCUAAAACGUUACCCAAAAGACUCGGUUAAAUGGUUUAAACGGUUUCUUAAGAGAUCAAUCGGAGAGACUAUAGAAGAGGAAGUGAAGAAGAUGUCACGUGCGGGUAGGAAUAAGACUCUGCAUGAGCAAGUGGGUUUUGAUGAAACGUUAGGAUUUUUCGUGUCUUUUAUGGCGACGAACCAAUCGAAGAGAGAGGAGGAGAAAAAUCGUUGCUCGUCUGUUCUUCCUUAUAGCCGUUUCGAUGUUUUGAAGGAAGUAAAGGAGUCAUCAUCAUCGAAUUAUUGAUUUUGAAAAUCUUUAUGGUUAAAUAUGUAUUUUACUUUUUUUUUUGUUCAAAAAAUACGUAUUUUAUUUAGAAGUCAGAACUUCAUCUUAUUUAUGAAUUUGUUGCAUCUC